AUGAAGAGGUUGAAGGUGGGGUGGGAGGAACACUCAGUUGCUGCUGGAGCUCCUGUUGGUGGUGGUGCAAAAGCCCCGGUUCAGGCAAUGCGCUUGGAUACCUUCGAUGGCUCAGGAACGCCUAUUGAUGCUGCUGAUUGGCUGCGCAAGAUGGAGAAGGUUAUGGUUGCAUGUAGGAUUACUGCUGAGGAGAUGGUCCUGUCUAUUCCUCACCAGUUGACAGGCCAGGCUGAUAUUUGGUGGGUAGGAGUAUGCGAUGCAUGGACUAUUGCUCGAGGUGCUAUCACUUGGGAGGUUUUCUUGGCGCAAUUCAGAGCUAAGUAUUAUUCGGACUCCUUCAGGGACAAGAUUAAUGAUGCAUUGAACCACAUUCAGCAGGGGGACAAGACAGUGGAUGAGUAUGAGAGGGAUUUCAACAAUAUUGUUCGCUUUGUUACUAGUGUGGCAAGUGAUGAGCGUGAGAAGGCUCGGAAGUUGUUCAUAGGACUUAAUGAUCGGUACAGGGAGGUGAUGGGAAGAAAUCCUCCUACCACUUAUAUCACAGCAAUUGAGGAGGCUAGGGGUAUGGAGACUCAGUUUUAG